AUGCCCAGAGGCAACAAGAGCAAGAGCCGCUCCAGGGCCAAAAGGCAGCAGACAAGGGGAGAGAAGCCUGAUCCACAGGGGGCUCAGCCCACUGUGGAGGAGGAGGAGGAAGCAGCAUCUCCUGCUCUUGUCCAGGGAGAUGCCCCCAGCUCCCCUGAUAUAGGCACUCCUCAGGGGUCCCAGGAGGCUGCAUCCCAUAGCUCUCCUGAGUUAGAGGUGUCCCAUCCAGUGCAUGAUGUUGGUGCUGAGGGUUUCUUUGCAGGUAUGGAUGAGAGGCGUACAAAUGUCUCCAUUAUAGCAGAUGCCAUCCAAUCUGCACGCAGAGAUCCUCUGAACAGGAAGGCCAGCAAGGUACUCCACUAUCUGCUGGAGAAGUUCCAGAAGGAUGAGCAGCCUGUGGAGGCAGAGAUGCUGAAGCUGAUCAGCCGGAAGUACAAGGUUCACUUCCCCUGGAUCCUGGAGAAAGCCACCUAUCAGCUGGAACUGGUCUAUGGUCUGGAGUUGAAGGUUGACAACCCUGCCACUCACUCCUAUGUCCUUGUAAGCAAGUUACCCAUACUCCCUGGGGCAAAUGUGGGUGGCAGGAGAGCACUGCCUAAGACAGGUCUCAUCCUGACCCUCCUGGGUAUGAUCUACAUGAAGGGCCACCGUGCCACUGAGGAAGAGGUCUGGCAGUUUCUCCACAUGCAGGGGAUAUAUCCUGGGAGGAGGCACUUAAUCUUUGGGGAGCCCCGGAAUUUCAUCACCAAAGAGCUAGUUGAGCAAAAUUAUGUGGAAUACCGCCAGGUUCCUGGCAGUGAUCCCCCAACCUAUGAAUUCUUGUGGGGCCCCAGAGCCCAUGAGGAAUCCACUUCCAGGAAAGUCCUGGAAGUUUUGGGUAAGAUUAGAGAUGCCAUUCCUGGUUACUAUCCUAGACAGUAUGAGGAGGCUCUUAGUAACCAGAGUGAGAGAGCAGCUAGGAGACAUGAGGCUGCUGGUUACCAUGCUGGCAGGGUUCCCUCCCAUGCCCAACCUGGCAGAACACCCCACAUUUAG